CAAUUGCUGCGUCACGGUGAGCUUUGCAUCGCGCUCCAGACCCGAAUCACCGACAUCGCGACGACGAAUGGACGAAGAGGAGCAGUCGCGGGCAAGCUCGCCCACUUCCGACCGCGACAAUGAGCCUGAUGAGGUCAUGGAAGAUGCCGACGACGGCGACCGAGAAGAGGAAGGCGACUUUGACGGCGAGAACAUCAACGAAGAAGAGGGAAGUAGGAGGGAAGAGACGGAAAACGGUGGCGACGAGACCACGACGGUGGUGGUGACGGCCGACGACAGCCAGACUGCGACCAACUCCUACUCGCUCUCGAACUCCCAUGCCGACGUCGAUGCCGACACCGACGACAGAGUCCCUCCCAGAGAGCAUUCCUCGCCCGAGAAGAAAGCCGACUCGCCAGAGCUCGACGAGCUCCCGACUCUCUACCGAACGUGGCGCCCCAAGAUCCGACCUGAAGUCUACACAGCGCGGCUGUACGACAUUGUGCCCACCAUGGCCGCGCCCAUGUCGACGAGCAUCAACGCCAUGGCCAUCACGCCGGAUCUGCGGUACUGGAUCACGGGUGGAGCGGACGGGUACAUACGCAAGUACGACGGGCAGGGGACCAUCAACGGCAAACUGGCCUUGACGGUCGCACAGAGACACCCGUUUGUCGACUCGGUCACAAAGGCUGGCAUUCUCAUGUCGUACUGGCCCAACGAAGAACCCGCGGCACCGGGCCGCAGCGAUCAGGAACAUGUUCUCUCGUCUGUCUACUCGUUGGCCGUUCAUUCAGAAGCGCUCUGGCUCCUGUCUGGGCUCGAGUCUGGUGCAAUCAACCUGCAGAGCGUGCGCCACGACGAGGGGAAGAGGAUAUCAUGUCUGCAGAAGCACACUAAUGCAGUCAGCGUAUUGACAUUGGCGCCCGACGAGAGAAGCGUGCUCAGCGGGGCAUGGGACAAGAACAUCUUUGACUGGGAUCUUGAUACAGGCAGUGUGAAACGGAGCUUCGACGGUAACGGCGGCCAGAUUUCAUCUAUUGAGCUGAGGCCUGCGAGCGGUGCCCCAAUUCCUGCAGACGCCGACGAGCCUUUACCGUCAAGCACCAUGGCCACCAAUAACGGGGCGCCGAUGGGGAGGACAAGUUUCAUCGGGGCAGACGAUAAUAGAGGCUCCAACGGACAAGACAAAUCAAUCACUGUUGCAGCUAGAGGGGAAGAUGAAAUCGUCGUUGCAGCUUCUCCAGCUCAUGAAAGUCUUUUUGGGGGAAGCGAUGACGCUGGUAGUCUGUUUGGCGAGACAGCGGGCGAGCAACCUUUUGGGCAUGAUGAUGACGAAUUUGGGGCUAGUAUGAGUAUGGGGGCAGAGAAUGACGCGAGCAUGAAUCACUCAGUCGAUGCAACCAUGGCCGGCCUAAACAGUAUGGAGACUGGAGAUGAAGUCAAGUCAUCAGAGCCCGUGCAAUCGCCAUCAGGAGCAGAUGCCAUGGAUGUAGAUACCCCACAUCCAGAUACUACUACUUCUGCUGCUACUGCUGCUGCUGUUGCUCCAGCCCCAGCUUUGGGCCCUGGAGACACGCAAGUGUCAGCCAUGUCAGGGAUCUCAGAGCCGACAGAGCUGGCGACAGAUACGGAUACAAUAAAAGCAGAGGAAUCUAGCCAAGCACCGCAAGAGCAGGAGCAGCCUUUGGAAAGCCAAUCCAUGGCUGAUAUAGCUGAGCAACUCAAAAGAUCGCGAUCUCCAAUGAUGCUCAACUCGCAGCCGCCUCCUACGCAGCACGAAGCUUCGCAGGUAUCACGUACGACUUUCUUGUCGUCAGCCAUGGACGGCACAAUUCGCAUCUGGGAUCGCCGAGUGCCCAAUCCUGUAGCGAGAAUCAACAACCGCGUCGGUGUGCCGCCUUGGUGCAUGAGCGCUUGCUGGAGCCCAGACGGCAACAAGAUUUAUGCGGGUAGGCGCAAUGGAACGGUAGAAGAGUUCGACAUAGCAAAGGCAAAGAGAGGAUGGGAGCCAGAGAGGGUACUGCGGUUUCCAGCGGGAAGUGGUGCAGUGAGCGCAGUCAAGCCCAUGGUCAAUGGACGACAUCUAGUCUGUGCCUCGCAUGAUAUCCUCCGACUGUAUGACUUGCGCGAAACUCGUGCCUUCAAGCACUCAACCGUGCCGUUUCUCAUCAUCCCAGGACCUCCCAGGGCCGGUGUCAUCUCGAGUCUGUACAUCGACCCAUCGAGCAGGUUCAUGCUCAGUGCAGCGGGCACAAGAGGAUGGGAUGGAACGAAUACAGAAGUGCUCAUCGGAUAUGAGAUUCACGUCGAGUCUGAUGCUUGAGAAGACGGUGCGAUGGGAUGACGGGAACGAUGCAAAUAAUACCUAAGCCUGUUGACGAUAAUUGUUAGCUAAUGAUACACAGUGGCGUUUGUGGACUAUAGUUUGCAGGGAAUCAAACUAAUGUCAAGGAAUAGACGAUUGAUACGAGCAUCGCCAGAGAGAAGGCACCUGGAACUGGCUUUCAGGGGCCCUAGCUGUGGUCGAUAAUGGUGGGAAGGGGGGGGGGGGGUCAGUUGUUGGG